AUGCAGCCCGGCCAGCAGCCCCAGCCCAGCGGUAGCUACUACCCACAACAAGCAGAACAAUACGCCGUCCCGCCGAUGAUAGUCCCGUCGCAAAUGCCUAUGAUGAUGCCGGGACAGCAGUAUGGGCAACCGCCUAAUGUUCCUCAACAUAUGCUCCGGCAUGGCUACAUCGCUGCGACGUUUGGUACUUAUGGCGAGACGGCCUACUGCGCGUUUCUCAAGUGUGGGCUGGGGCAGAUCCCGCUAAUGUUCUCGAUACCGGGCUGCACUGGCGCUUACACCGUCGCUCAAAGCGUUCUUCCGCAUCUUCCAUAUGGAUGGCGGGCUGCAGAUGGCGCACCCGUCAUCCUGCUUGACUGCAUCAUCGACCAGACGCGCGGACCGGUUGUCCCACAGGAGGUGUGGAUGCCGAAUAGUCCGCGCGUGUACGACCAGCACGUUGUGCGGGCGGUUCUGCGCCCGCCGACGUUCUUCGUACACACGGAUGGGAGCGUGGGCCUACCACUCCCGCAAAUCCUGUCUGGCAACUUUGCAGUCAACAAUGCGAACGCACCGGUGGACGUCGGACGCAGUUCGAUUCAUCUGCACAUCAAGAUUCACGGAUACACGGACCGCAAGCGUCAGUUUCAGACGCAGGAGAGUGGACAAUGGAUACAGCUACGGCGACUUGUAGGCCACGUCGGCCGCGCCGUGGACAAGUAUCUGAGGGAGGCCGAGCCUGACCCUGAACAGCCCGUACCCCGAUUGCGCAUCGGGGCAGGAGGGAUUGUCCCCGCCGACGUUGUCGUCGUAGGAGUGGUACACGUUAGCUCCGGGAGCUGGAUGCCCAUUCUCCAGCUCACCCGGGCGCUGGCGUAA